AUGGGUUUGGUGAAAUUACCAAAACUGGCACUAUAUUGGUCUAAUAACCCAAUGUACGCACAACCGUUCGCUAAAAAUAUUAUGAGCCGCAACAGGUUUGAAAUAUUACUGAGGAUGUUGCAUUUUUCUAAUAACGAGGAGGCUCGUGAAAAUGAUCGUUUAUGGAAAAUAAGCAAUCUUCUAAGUACCUUGAAUGCUAAUUUUGCUUACCACUAUACACCUAAUGAAUAUCUUUGUGUGGAUGAGAGCAUGAUUCCAUUUCGUGGUAGAGUAAUCUUUAUACAAUAUAAUAAGCAAAAACACCAUAAAUAUGGUAUCAAACUAUUUAAAUUAUGUACUGUUCCCGGAUAUACUUGGAAAAUUGAGGUUUAUUCUGGAAAACAACUCGAUUCUGCUUUUUCUACACCGACAAAUGUGGUGCUCAGACUGUGUGAGGAUUUACUAGGAAAGGGCUAUUCUGUAUUUGUAGACAAUUGGUACACAAGUUUGGAUUUGGCAGAAAAGUUAAUUGACAAUGAGACACAUCUUAUUGGUACUCUACGCAAAAACAGAAAGUACUUACCGAAAUACGUGAUGGAAGCCCAAUUAAAGCCUGGUGAGUGA